AUGGUUCUUACAGUGACUGCCGUGGCUGAGAAGGGGAAUGGAGGGCCGGGAGGGGAGGGAGACACGGCUCCUCCGAGAAUCUCCGCAUCCUUUGUAGGCUGGUUGUUAGAUCUGGCAUGUGAGGCUACUUCUGCUUCCGUCAUUCUCGAGAUGUGGGUGGGCAGCUUGAAACCGCUGUUGAACCUCCUUCUCGUGCCAAUAGCAGUCAUCUCGCUAAUUGCAUACGCUGGAGGCAAGGCACUGCUGCGGAAGACCCUUCCCUUCGGAGCAGCUGUCUCGACAUGUGUUCUUCUGAAGGCGAUGGGCGAGGGCUGUGGCCCUCCAUGGAGCAGCUUCCAACCCAGCAGUGCAAUUGUGGUGGUAGUGCUCCUAAUGGAGCCUGGCAUCACAGUCGAGCGCUUGCUCUUGAGAGCUUCGGAGCGGGUUGUGGGCACCUGCAUGGGUUGCGGGCUGGCAGUGAGCAUGGCCCUUCUUAUGGAUAUCUUGGGCAAGGAGCCCCUCCAAAUCUGCAGCUUCUGCUUCGCAUCCUUUACUCUCUUCGGUGCGGUGCAGGCUCAUCACGGUGUUAUCCCCUUCGUGUUCUCGGUGAUGUGUAUUGCAUGUGCUGUUGUGAUAUUUGGCUACAUGACAACUGGCUGGGCGUUCAUUCGCAGCCAGGUUGCAUCUGUCCUGGUCGGUGAGAUUGUGUCCUUGUCUUCGUCUUUGCUUUUCGAAGGUUUGUUGGGAGAUGCGGCAAGUUCACGCUCUCACGCCCACGUUGUGGAAAUCGCAAAGGAAAUGGUGGACAAAGCUUUUGUGGCCAUCGAGUUGGUGUUUGUUCAUCAUGAAGCCGCUGCCUUGCGUGCCGCAGGCAGCAGCCCGGCCCGUCAAUUUCGGGCUCUGGGCCGCCGGCGCACCUUCAGCCCCGGCGUGAUCGAGCUGCUUGCCCACGAAGGAGAGCCCGAGAGUCAUCAGAGCUCCGAGCUUGGCUGGUUGGAGAGCCAAGAGGCUGGGCUGGAGACGCGCUCCCGAGCCUGCCUGGCUGACAUGGCGGCUGUCGAGAAGCUGUGGGGAUGUCUGGGCUUCGGCACGAGCAGCAUUGGUGUUCCCCAUUACAGCGCCGUGGUUCGUCAGGUGCACUUUCUGUUCCUGCAAGCCUGCACACUUGCACGCAAUGCCCCUCUGAAUUCAGAAGUGCGUGGAGAGAUGAGGCAAACCUUGGACGAUGUGCGCUUCAACAUGCUGGCAAUGUGUCAGCCCCUGAAGACAUUCUUGGACGGACUCAACGCUGUUGUUGGGGUUUCGAAGUUCGAGGCAGAGAUGUUGCGCAUGUGUGACAUCGUGCACGAGGUGCACACGAAGCUGGAGUCGGUCUGGACGGUCUGUAAGCAGCAGUGGCAAUCUUCAUGCCAGAGCUCGACGGUCUCGACUGCCAAACGAAUUCAGUCAGCGGUGCAGCUGGCAAAGCAGAAGCGCACGGCAUCCGCCUUUUGCCAAGGGUUAGACUCAAUGCUUGCAGCUGCUGUGAACUUGGUGCGAGAGCACAUUCACAUCGGCUCCCCCAAGGCCACUGAUGCUGGUGCAGUUAACAUCCUUCGCCAGCGCUUGGAGGACAUGGCAGGAAGAAUGCAAGCAAAAAGGCUAGAAAGCCAUCGCUUUGACAAGGUUCCGGAGGCAAGCAUCGCAGAUGUGGUUCGAAGUCUGGAGGAGCAGAGGGCAGUUCUGGCAGAACACGAUGCGAGGCAGCAGAACGCACAGAAGCUCUUCAGUCAGCUGGAGAAGUCUGCGCAGGAUGUCCAGCCCCUCCUACAGAGGAAGCUUGCGGACCUUGAUGCAAGGCUGGAGCAGCAAGGUCACGAAGCCGCGCAGCUGGGGCGCCUGCACAAGGAGUUGAAGACCCAACUGGAAUCGCAGAAGGACGUGUUGGAGAUCAGAUGCUUGGAAAAGCUUGAGGCCCAGGGCAAGAGAAUGGAAGAGGUCAGCCAUCGUCUUGAGCAGCUGGAGGACACGUCCCGCAGCACAGUGCAUCAGGUCAAGCAGGCAGAUGUGCGGCUUCAAGCAUCACCAUGGAUCCUUGUGACGUUGCUUCGGGUGGCGUGCCGAUUGGUCUGGUUGCCCUGCAUUUCCGCUUCUUGA